AUCUAAGGUAAGAAAAAUGGAGCAUCCUUGUGCGCAGGAUGGCAUAAUUUGUUUCCAGCAUGAACAAAAAUUGGACGACUUAAGGAGUGCAUUAAAAAAAGUGGGAGGACAAGCAGUUGAAGGUUUGGACAUGAUCGAUGCUGUUCAACGUCUAGGUAUAGACUACCACUUUGAAGAUGAAAUUGACCAAAUUCUCCAAAAGCAACAUAUAAUAUCUAGUACUACUGCUCACGGUGCUCAUGAUCCCACCGACCUGCACGAAGUUGCUCUCCGCUUUCGACUACUCAGGCAGCAUGGUUACUUCGUCUCUGAUGAUGUGUUUAACAAUUUCAAGGAAGGAGAAGGAAAUUUCAAUCAAAUGUUAAGUGAAGACAUCAAGGGGUUGAUGAGUCUGUAUGAAGCUUCAAAGCUAAGUACAGAGGGUGAAGUUGUACUUGAAGAAGCUGGAAAGUUUAGUGGCCAUUUCCUAAAUUCAUCCCUGUUACAUCUCGACCAUCACCAGGCCAGAGUUGUUGAAAACACAUUGAGAAAUCCUCAUCAUAAAAGCUUGGCCCCAUUCAUGGCCAAGAACUUUUUUGUCUCUGGUUUCCAAGGAACAUACAAUAGGUGGUUAAAUAUAUUACAAACUGUAGCAAAAACAGAUUUAUAUAUGGUCCAGUCCCUUCACCAGAAGGAAGUUGUUCAAGUUUCCAAAUGGUGGGAAGAGCUGGGAUUGUCUAAGGAGUUGAAGUUUGCAAGAGACCAACCUAUUAAAUGGUACAAUUGGUCCAUGGCAGGCCUAACAAACCCAAACUUGUCAGAUGAGAGGAUUGAGUUCACAAAAUCUGUAUCAUUUAUCUAUUUGAUUGAUGACAUUUUUGACGUUUAUGGGACGCUUGAUGAUCUCACACUCUUCACGGAGGUUGUUAAUAGAUGGGAAAUUGGUGCUAUAGAACAUUUACCGGACUACAUGAAGAUAUGCUUCAAAGCUCUUUAUGACAUGACGGAUGAAAUCAGCUGUAAGGUUUAUGAAAAGCACGGAUGGAACCCGUUGCAUUCCCUAAAGAAGACGUGGGCGAGUCUGUGCAAUGCAUUUUUAGUGGAAGCAAAAUGGUUCAAAUCCGGGCACUUGCCUAGGGCUGAAGAGUACUUGAAGAAUGGAAUUAUUUCUUCUGGGGUGAAUGUGAUGUUGGUCCACAUUUUCUUUCUCUUGGGUGAAGGUAUAACCAAACAAAGUGUGGAGCUCUUGAAUGGCACUCCAGCCAUUAUAUCUUCAACAGCAGCAAUUCUUCGGCUUUGGGACGACUUGGGAAGUGCCAAGGAUGAGAAUCAAGAUGGAGACGACGGGUCAUACAUAAACUACUAUUUAAAUGAACAUCAAGGCAAAACCAUGGAGGAAGCACAAGAACAUGUUACGAAUAUGAUUUCACAAGAAUGGAAGAAGCUGAACAAAGUAUUGGUGUCUCCUAAUCCAUUUCCAGCAGCAUUCACAAAGGCUUCCCUAAAUCUUACAAGAAUGGUGCCACUGAUGUAUAGUUACGACGACAACCAGCGCCUUCCAUCUCUUGACGAGUACGUGGAAUCGAUGCUUCAUGCAUGAAGUUGAUUUGAUUCCGAUUUCAUACGUGCAGUGGGUCCAAAUAAAAAUACCAUAGUAUAUUAUCUUAUGGAAGUAUAGAGUAAAAACAAGAAAUAAACAAUUAGAACAUAAGUGCAAGGCAUAUGAAUUGCUACCACAAGAGAGAAUGUAAAAAAUAAGAAAUCUUAGUUUGAUGCUCUUGUAGUAUUUUAUUUUCUAAGGAAACAAAAUAUCCUAGUUCUUUUCUCCCUAAAGAAAAUAUCCUAGUUGUUGAA